CGGAAGCGAGCGGCGGGAUGGCGGCGGCCCCGGCGCUGGCGCUGCUGGCGCUGCUGGCGCUGGCGGGGCCGGGGCGGGCGCGGCGGGACGCGCUGCGGGAGGAGCUGCUGCUGAGCCCGCUGCCCGCCGGAGAGCUGGCCGCCACCUUCCAGUUCCGCACGCGGUGGGACGCCGACCUGCCGCGGGGCGCGGUCUCUCACUACAGGCUCUUCCCGAAGGCGCUGGGGCGGCUGGUGUCGGCGCUGGGGGUGCGGGAGCUUCACCUCGCCCUCACGCAGGGCUUCUGGCGCACCCAGGCCUGGGGGCAGCCCCCCCUGCAGGCCCCCGCCGGCGCGGAGCUCUGGGUCUGGUUCCAGCCCAGCGUCACCGAUGUGGACAAAGCCUGGAAAGAACUGAGUAACAUCCUCUCGGGAAUAUUCUGUGCUUCUCUCAACUUCAUUGACUCAACCAACACAGUCACUCCCACGGCAUCCUUCAAGCCCCUGGGCUUAGCCAACGGGACAGAUCAUCACCUCCUGCGAUACGCUGUCCUGCCCCGGGAGGUUGUCUGCACAGAGAACCUCACUCCUUGGAAGAAGCUGCUCCCAUGUGGCUCAAAGGCUGGGCUGGCUGUGCUGCUGAAGGCUGAGCGCUUGUUCCACAGCAGCUACCACUCACAGGCCGUGCACAUCCGCCCCAUCUGCAGGGAUGCCUCCUGCCUGGCUGUGUCCUGGGAGCUCAGACAGACCCUCACUGUGGUCUUCGACACCUUUUCCAGCGGCCAAGGAAAGAAAGACUGGUCCCUCUUUAAGAUGUUCUCUCGCACGCUCACGGACGCGUGUCCCCUGGCAUCGCAGAGCAAAGUCUACGUUGACAUCUCCCCUGAGAACAAGGAGAAGGAGUUGCUGGAAGUGACACCCGCUCCAGCAUCUGUGCUGGAAGCUGUUGUCCAGGGAGACAGGAGAACCUAUGCUGUCUAUGACCUGCUGAGCCCCUCCCUCUUCAACACAUCUCGCAGCCUCAACGUGCAGCUGAAGUGGAAGCGGCCCCAGGACAGCUCCGAACUGCCGAUCCCUGUGCUCCAUGCUCAGCGCUACGUGAGCGGGUACGGGCUGCAGACUGGAGAGAUCAGCACCCUCAUCUACAACACCCACCCCUACCGGGCCUUCCCCGUGGUCCUGCUGGAGACUGUGCCCUGGUAUCUGCGGCUCUAUGUGCACACCCUGACUAUCAUCACCAAGGGGAAGGAAAACAAGCCAAGUUACAUCCACUACCAACCAGCCCAAGACCGGAGACGGCCUCACCUCUUGGAAAUGCUGAUCCAGCUGCCAGCCAACUCGGUGACCAAGAUCACAAUCCAGUUUGAGAGGGCCUUGCUGAAGUGGACAGAGUACCCACCCGAUCCCAAUCACGGCUUUUACGUCAGUUCAUCAGUGCUUAGUGCCCUGGUGCCCAGUGUCACCGCCAUGAAGGACGUGGAUGUGGAGCAGAGCCCUCUCUUCACCUCGCUGUUUCCUUCCUCGGAUGGCUCCAGCUACUUUGUGCGCCUGUACACGGAGCCGCUGUUGGUGAACUUGCCGACGCCAGACUUCAGCAUGCCCUACAAUGUCAUCUGCCUGACCUGCACCGUGGUGGCAGUCUGCUAUGGCUCCUUCUACAACCUCCUCACCAGAACCUUUCACGUGGAAGAGCCGAGCCGGGGCGGGCUGGCCAAGCGACUGGCCAACGUCAUCCGCAAAUUCCGGGGGGUGCCUCCCCUCUGAGAAACCAGGGCAGCAGCUCAGCUGAGCUCCCUGGGUCUCCCCAGGGAGCCCCGUGGCCAACGCUGCUGCUUGUCUCUGCUGGAAGCAGCCUGCUCCAUUUUGCUGCCUGGAUCUCAUUGGGAUCCAACAAGCUGAGAGAUCGCUUCCAUCGUUGGGAUGGGACGUGGCUCUGAGCUCCCUGACUACUGAACUGCACUGCUCUGGGACUGGGAAAGGUGUAAGAUGCCUGUUUGGGAAAGGAGGAACGAUGCUGGGAGUAAACUUGAGCUGGUUUGUA